AUGGACCUUCUACAGGAACAAACCAUCAAUAUGUUCCAGCCUAAUGGUUCCCAUGUCUUCUUACAAACAGAGUCAGAAUAUAAAGAAAACUCCUCCAUCAUCCUCAAGAACACGACUUCUGCUCCUUACAUGCCUCAAGGCUUCUGCACCUUCAAGCCACUGUCUCCUGUAGACGCUAAGGAGGAACGCCUCUUACUAGACUCCAUCGCCUGGCCUGAAACUCCACUUCUGCCCUCUCCUUUUUCAUUGAAUAUGACGAGUGAUCCUGCUCACAGCAAUUUCACCAUUCUCCCAGGGAGGAGUGGAGGACAGUGGCAUGUAGGAGAUCAGCUGGAGGUUAUGAUACAAAUAUAUGACUUUCAAGGGAAUGCCAAGAAGUCUGGAGGAGAUUUUUUGAUUGCACGGUUGCACAACAGGACACUUGAAGCAGGCGUGGCUGGGCGAGUGGUGGAUCACCUUAAUGGCUCCUACUCUGCUGUGUUCACUUUACUCUGGGAAGGAAGAGCACAGAUUGAGGUGACGCUCGUUCACCCAAGCGAGGCUAUCACAGUUCUGCAGAGACUGACCAGACAACAGCCUGAUAGGGUUUUCUUCAAGAGCAUCUUCCGAUCAGGCAAAGUCUCUGAAGCCACUGUAUGUAACGCUUGUCUACGUCAAACAAACAAACCAGUGUGCAACUUCACUGACCUCCGUACUGGUGACCCUUGGUUCUGCUACAAGCCAAAGAAGCUGAGAUGUGAUGCCAGGGUUAGCCACAUGAAGGGAGGAUUCAAGAAUGGACUCAAGGCUAAAGAAGAGAAGUUGUUCCAAGGGAAAAUCAACAUGAAAGUCUCCAUUCAGGCUUCGGGGCCAGCCUAUGUCACUGUGCUGCCACCGAGGGAAGGACAACUCAAGUUUAAACAAGGCAGCGGAAAGUCUGGACUCUCUGGGUAUUACUACCAGGGUGUGUGGCGACCACUAGAUGGCGCCAGAGUCCACCAAUUCAACAACACCUUUGCCAUCAGUCAGUGUCUAAAAGGCAAGACGGUCUACCUGCAUGGAGACUCCACCAUCAGACAGUGGUAUGAGUACCUCAGUGCUGCACUACCAGAUUCAAAGGCAGUAAACCUGUAUGGCCAGAAGCAAAGAGGACCUUUCAUGAUAUGGGACAACGCAAAGAAGAUCUUGGUGACGUACCGCUGCCAUGGUCCUCCUCUGCGUUUUGCCAGCGUCCCAACCAGUCAGCUCCAUUACAUUGCCAAUGAACUCGAUGAUUUAGUCGGUGGCAAAAACACUGUUGUAGUUGUUGGCAUUUGGUCUCAUUUGAGCACUUUCCCAUUACAGCUCUACAUCAGACGGCUUCAGAGCAUUCGUAGAGCGGUGGUCCGUCUGUUGAAUCGCGCUCCAGACACGCUGGUGGUCAUCAGGACUGCAAACCUCAAAGAAAUGAAUUUAUACACAACAUUAACUAACAGUGACUGGUACUCAUUUCAGCAGGACAAGGUGCUCAGAGCUGUGUUCAAAGGACUUAAUGUUCGAAUAGUUGACUCUUGGGAUAUGGUUCUGGCCCAUCACCUGCCAAACAACCUUCACCCGCAGCCUCCCAUUAUCAAAAAUAUGAUAGAUGUUCUCUUGUCUUAUGUGUGCCCCCGGUAGGGUCCGUGGAAGUUCACUUGAUCAGAGAGUGAGUUUGGGGAAUGUCAAGUGAACACAGUAAGUUUCUAUAUUAUCUGUUUCCACCAAAUGCUGCCUUUUUCCAUCCAGCAGUCAAUGCAGAGGCAAUAUUUAAAAGAUGUAGUAGUUGCAAUCUUUUUAUCCAUAAUAUGUGCAGAUAAAAAGACAGACUAAAUGGACAAAAGUAUUUGGCCACACUUGUUAAUUAUUGAAUUCAGGUGUUUCGC